AUGAAGCCCACCUCUCCCGAAACGAAGACAGAAUGUUUGUUGUGUGGGUUACAGUUCAACCAUCGUAAGUCUCUGGGAUUAUCUUAUCGCAAGGUCCUCCGAGCCCUAUUCUUCAAUCGGAACUCCAAGGUUGUUAACGAUCAUCGCUUAUCCGACAUACUAAGAACAACUGCAACAAAAAUCAAUCGCAACGGCGUAAAUCGUGUAACCAAUGCGUUGCAAACAAAUCAAAGUGCAACCUCAAACGCCCCACUUGCUCAAGAUGCUCCCUUCGCCAUAUUGCGUGUGAAUACGCGGGCUCUGGCGCGGCAGAGCCCGAGUCACCCGGAAUUGCGAGUGCCCCCCCUGGGCUUUGAACUUGAAACUAUGCCAACUUUCCAACCACAAAAUCUCUCUGCGAGAUUCGAUUCAAGCGUUUUUGAGCCCUUUUUUGGCGACUUGGGUCCCUUUUCCCCAUUCCAGCCAUCUACACUUACACUGCAAGAUCCACAGCACAUAGCAGGCCAGGAUCUUCUCCCUUACAAUGAUUAUGUCUCCUUCGCGUCCUCGGAUCUUAUCCAAACCCAAUCAAACCUACAGCUUGAGCCAAAAUCCGAGCCGAAUUCAGUUGCUUUAGCAAAUCACAGCAUGGAAUUUAUAUUUCGAGUUUGUCGAACCUGGCCUCAAAUGCUGGCUGAUGGCUUUCAAAUUCCUCCCAUUUUCCACCCCACACACCUGGCUUCGCACAUUAAUCUGCCAAGACAACUAGCAACCUGCAUCACCUUGGUCAAAAUGUGGCAUGGGCAAUGCCCAGGCGCCGAAGAAAUUGUGCGUGCCACGAUACGCCAGGAGCUCGAUCAACUUAUGGAUAAUGUGAGUACUAUCAUUUAUUGA